CUCUUCCCUUCUUGCGUUCAGCAGCAGCAUCGGCAGCCGCCGGUCACUACUCGCUGGUGGGAAGGUCACAGCGGGGAGCCUUUAAAAAAAAGCGUCUUAAUUCACGAUGGCUUCUCGCAUCUCUCGACGAUUUUACCGGCUAGAAGGCACCGAAGACUUGGUGCUCGACAGAGGAGCCAGCGCGGAGGCCGAGAACCGAUGGGUAUUUGAAAUAGCGUGGGAAGUCGUCAAUAAAGUUGGAGGCAUUUACACGGUGAUCCGUUCCAAGGCCGAGGUGAGCGUGGAAGAACUGGGAGACCAAUUCUGUCUCCUGGGCCCCUUGAACGAGAACCUGGUUCGCACCGAGGUUGAGGUCCUGGAACCACCUUACAACGUCUUUUGGAACAGCAUCAAGGCCCUGAGGGAACAGGGCAUCAAGGUUGUCUAUGGAAGGUGGCUCAUUGACGGCUACCCUCAAGUCCUGCUUUUUGACAUUGGUUCGGCUGCCUGGAAGCUCGACGAAUGGAAGCGAGACCUGUGGAACACCUGCAACAUCGGCGUUCCAUGGCACGACCGGGAGUCCAACGAUGCCAUCAUCUUUGGCUACCUCGUCGCUUGGUUUCUACAAGACUUCAUGAAGGCAGUGAGUGCCGAAAAGGGUCCCCCACUGGUCACUGCUCAGUUCCACGAGUGGCUCGCCGGCAUUGGUCUCAUCCUGUGUCGCACGAGGCACCUCGAUGUUGCCACCAUAUUCAUCACGCACGCAACCCUGCUGGGCCGGUACUUGUGUGCAGGAAACGUGGACUUCUACAACAACCUCGACAAGUUCAGUUUAGAUAAGGAGGCUGGAGACAGAGGCAUCUACCACCGGUACUGCAUGGAACGGGCCGCCUGCCACAGUGCUCACGUGUUCGCCACGGUCUCCGACGUGACGGGCAUGGAGGCGGAGCACUUGCUCAAGAGAAAGCCAGAUGCCAUCGUGCCGAACGGGCUCAAUGUCAAGAAGUUCAGUGCACUCCACGAGUUUCAAAACAUGCAUGCCAUAGCCAAGGAGAAGAUCCACGACUUCGUCAGAGGGCACUUUUACGGGCACUACGACUUCGACCUGGACAAGACCCUGUACUGCUUCACGGCAGGAAGGUACGAGUUUUCCAACAAGGGAGCAGAUAUGUUCAUAGAGUCCUUAGCACGUCUCAAUCAUUACUUGAAGGCUUCAGGAAGCGAGGUCACUGUUGUUGCUUUUCUAAUAUUCCCCGCCAAGACAAACAACUUCAACGUCGAGUCGUUACGAGGCCAGGCCAUCUCCAAACAACUUCGUGACACAGUGCAGCAAAUGCAGUCUACCAUCGGGAAGCGCAUGUUCGAAAUCUGCCUAUCGGGCAAGAUCCCCAAAGGUGACGAACUGAUCUACCCAGAAGACUUGGUGCGGUUGAAACGCUGCAUCUACGCAACACAACGCACAACGCUGCCACCAGUCUGCACUCACAACAUGCUGGACGAUGCCUCCGACCCCGUUCUGUGCCACAUUAGAAGAUGUCAGCUGUUCAACCGCAGGGAGGACCGUGUUAAGGUCAUUUUCCAUCCAGAAUUCUUGUCAUCUACCAACCCAUUGUUCAGCAUGGACUAUGAAGAGUUUGUCAGAGGCUGCCACUUGGGUGUCUUUCCAUCAUACUAUGAACCCUGGGGCUACACCCCUGCGGAGUGCACAGUCAUGGGCAUUCCCAGCGUCACCACCAACCUGUCUGGCUUCGGCUGCUUCAUAGCGGAGCACGUCGCCGACCCCAUGUCCUAUGGCAUCUACAUCGUUGACAGGAGAUUCAAGAAUGCCGAGGAGUCCGUACAACAGCUGGCUCAGUACAUGUUUGACUUCUCCUGCCUGUCCCGGAGGCAACGAAUAAUCCAGCGGAACCGCACGGAACGCCUCAGCGACCUUUUAGACUGGAAAAACCUAGGAGUGUACUACAGGAAGGCUCGGCAAAUGGCCCUACACAGGACACAUCCCGAGCUCUUAGAAGGAGACGUUGGGCCCAAGCUGCAAAUGCGGUAUCCUCGGCCCAUGUCGGAACCACCGUCGCCGUCGGCAUCGCGCACUUCCACGCCAGCACCCUCGGAACACGGCAGCGAAGACGAUGAGGAGGACGAGGAAAAUGAGGAUGACGAGGAAUACGCUGAUGCCGUGGAGCGAGACGCGCUCAGCAGCAAAUAGGCCGUUGACACCUUCCCAUCCCCUCCCCCACCCUCCUCAUUGUAGCAAUGCGAUCUGAAACGCUCCGCAUGGUGCGAGUAAGCGGGAGGCGAGAGGACACGCCGCAAGAGGAAGAAUAACAGGACUUCUGCUUCAUUAGCCAUUCCGAGACGAGUUUCUGUUGCGCUGCUUGCCACUUCCCCCUUGUGAAUCACGUCCCAUGAAUUCAUUCAGUUUUACCUGUAUUCACCAGAGACUGCCUGUGAAUGUCGGUGAUUGUCGAGAUUGCCGGUGAAUGUCGGUGUCACUUGCCACUUCCCCCUUGUGAAUCAAGUCCCAUGACCUCAUUCUGUUUUACUUGUAUUCACCAGAGAUUGCCGGUGAAUGUCACGCUUGAAAGUUGGUGAAUUGUGUUGCUUCUGAUGAACAUUUGGAUUUUAAAUGGAAGAGCUACCCGCUCACUACUUAACGAGCAAGGCAACCAGUACAAAAUGCUGGAAUCUGCUUCCGUUGGUGGCCGUCCUCAAAGCCAAUGCGCAACUCCCUGCGGUGGUAGCGUUUUUCAGAUUGCUACUCUUCCCAUCCCUGUAAUCAUUUCCUCACGGUGGCGGCCAUAUGUCUGUGGGAUGAAGGUUCAUUUUAAUCUCUCCACUCUUUUUGCCACGGCUGUACCAUAUCUCAAAUGCAAUAUAUAUAAUUAGUAGUAUUUUUGUGCAGCAAAACCAGGCUCCACGGUCGUUACAACUGUGGCCUUUUAAUAAUGUUGAAGUGCUGGAUAGUGCUCGUGUUCAAGGUAUUUCAGACUCGCGAUUUCAUUUCGUGGUUUCGAGAAGCCAGCUAGCAACAGCAGUCGCCUGCUGCGAUGCUCUCCAUGGCGUUCCUACUUUUGAGCUGUUGUUCCAGGGUAGCAGUUUCUAUUACUUUUUUUUUUUUGUCAUUGCUGUCUACGGCCACUGUCACUUCUCAUCUUAGUCACUAGUCCCAUCUCCUGUCCUUUUCUGUCCUGUUCCCACCUUUCUCUUUUAUAUUUCAUGUUGAGCUUGUGUGUACGCUCGAUGCUGUCUGCUCCUAGGACACUGUCCUGAUUCUGUUUCUUCUGAUCAAAAAAAAAAUACCAGUGCAUCUCGCGAGAUGUAUUUGCCUCUUCUACAGUCCAAAGCAAUGUGUAUGUUACACUGCUAUAACCGUACGCUUCUUUGUACCAGUGCCAUCGGGUGGCGAAUUGUUUUGGCGGGUGUGAGUGACAGCCGAGCCUUGAAGUAGACAGGUUGGACGGUUGCUGCAGGCAAUCUUUUUUUAGUGGUGUUCCAGAAACGCACCCAUGUGAGAACUGUCAAGUGGUUUUUAAUUUUACUUACUGCAAUAACAUUUACUUGUUGUAUUGUCUUAGGCAUGCCAUGGUCUCAGCUGCUUUAGUGUUUUUUCUCCCUUGUUGGUAUUCUCUUUAUUUUCGUGAAUUUUUGAAAGGUGUGCGUGAGUGGUGUCUAUUGCUAGAUGUGGGAUGAUAGUUAUGGGCGUUAUUUGCCAGUAUUAGUUUACAAAAUGUCCCCCUUGUUUGUUUUGGUGGCUUUUUGAUUUCUCUUCUGUCCACCUGUGUGAACAAAAGUAACAGUUUUGGAGUCAUAACUGUCAUUGAAACGUUCCUUCUUUCUUUUAAACGUUGCACACCAAUACUCAAGCCCUAUCGAUAAACGUGUUGAGUAACAUUGUACACUACCAAAUUUCAUGGUUUGCAUUGCGAUCUCUGGAAAUUGUGCCAUAAGUUGUGCAUUUCUUCACUAAAUGGAAGAGAUGCAAAGAAAAACAAAAGCUUGUUCCAUACCUAAUUUUUCUGGAAAAUGAUUGUUGAAAUGUUGCAUGAUACUUUUGUACACACUAAUGAAAGACGAGAGAGGUGCUAUACAGCCAAAUGUAUUUACAAAUGGAUAAAGAUCGGUUUUGUGCAGGUAGGUAGGUCUCCGUUUUACAAAGCUGUGUAUCGUUCUAUUCUUCAUACCCCAACCCACUGAAUUGCCUUUGCUUUAGGACUGCAAAAUAAAUUUUUCAAGGCAA